UCACCUCCCCUUCGUAGACGCCGAAGUACCCAGUGUGCCCAAGGCCGGGGAGACUCCGGAAACGGCCGCAGCCUCUUCCAGGUCACUGACCAAGGCCCGCUGGCUUCAACGAUGAAGACGAGAGCCAGCCGUAUAAGAAAUCUUUUUAGGGAAGCAAAAGCAAAUGCUCCUUGUGUUAUAUUUAUUGAUGAAUUAGAUUCUGUUGGUGGAAAGCGUAUUGACUUCAGAUGCAUCCGUAUUCAAGGCAGACUAUAAAUCAACUUCUUGCUGAGAUGCAUGGUUUUAAACCCAAUGAAGGAGUUAUCAUCAUAGGAGCCACAAACUUCCCAGAGGCAUUAGAUAACGCCUUAAUACGUCCUGGCCGUUUUGACAUGCAAGUUACAGUUCCAAGACCAGAUGUAAAAGGUCAAACAGAAAUUUUGAAAUGGUAUCUCAGUAAAAUAAAGUUUGAUCAGUCUGUUGAUCCAGAAAUCAUAGCUCGAGGUACUGUUGGCUUUUCCGGAGCAGAAUUGCAGAAUCUUGUGAACCAAGCUGCAUUAAAGGCAGCUGUUGAUGGAAAAGAAAUGGUCACCAUGAAGGAGCUAGAGUUUUCCAAAGAUAAAAUCCUAAUGGGGCCUGAACAUAGAAGCAUGAAAAUCAAGAUGAUGUUGCCUGCUGAUUACCAUUUGCCAGCUAAUUGAUAAAUACAAAGUGGACAAGGGAAUUAAUUCUUCUCAAAAUUAUCAAAACUCUUCUCCAGAACAAGACUUAGAAAUUACAUCAGUGGAAGAAGAAAGUCCUGAUGGAAGUGAAUAUAACAACUCACAGGCAAUUGUGAGACAACUCCAGCAACAACGGGAUGACACCGUAAUACAACAACCUAAUUUAGAGGCUUCGCUAGAGGUUACCUCAUAUUGCUGUACUAAUAUACAAGACAUAGUACUUAAGGAAGAAAUUAAAUAAAUAUAUAAGUCAAGUAGAACCACCACCACAAGAGAAGUUAGAGCAGUUGAGAGAGCAUGAUGAUGCUUCAUGUAGAAGGCAAGUAGAACUCAGAAUUUAAAGAUCUGGAAUCUCAACUCUCCAAAAAAAUUUCUCAAGAGGACUCUAUUAAAACUGAAUUGGAGAAAUAUAAACAAUUCUACCUCCAAGAAUGAAAGAUUAUUGAGUCAUUGGCAAAUCAACUAAACAAGUAUGUCAGAACAGAAUCAGAGAAAAUAAAUUAAGCUCAU